AUGGAAUACUCGCAAGAGCAACUUAACUACUUCAGACUCUGCUACAUAGCAUUUGAUUUGGUUCCAGCAGGACUGCGGCAGAUUUUCAAAAACGAAUGGGAUUUCCUCUAUAAAGCAACGUCGAUUGGAGAAUGGAAAGACACGGCACAAAAUGGUCUUGAUUUCUUCAACAAUGAAUCUAAAGCAAGUCACAAGAAAAACGCCCGGUGUCUGGCAACAAUCCACAAUGGUAACACGGCAAAGUGGGACUGCACCUGUCUGUUUUUUGCAAUCCUGUACUCAGACACUGUUGGCAGCACUUUAAGUCCAACUGUCUGUAAAUUGGUCGAUGAUGUUCGUCAGGUGCGAAACGCGAUCGCUCAUAUCACCGAGGCUAGGUUGACAGAUGCCGACUUCCAAACUUUUGUAGACAGAGUGUUGAAGGAUUUUACCUCCCUUGGUCUUUCUGUAACUGAGAUUCAAGAAAUAAAGAACCAGACGACCUUUCCAACAAACGAAGUGGAAAAAAUUAAGAAGCAAGUUCGUGAUCUCCAAGCCGAGUUAGAUCAGACAAAAAGCACUCUUCAAAGUACAGAAGCUGCCCUUGUUUCUACAAAAGAAGAAAACAAAUCUCUUACACAGGAAAUAAGUUCGAAACUUCAGUCACUUUGCAUUCUCGCAUCGCGCCCACCACAUGUUAUCAUUAGGCGCUCGCAUGAUAUUGAAAGAAUCAUUAACAAAAUGGAGGAACUUUACAAGAGUUCCAGCGGAGCAGUCAGUACAGUGUAUUUGUCAGGAAAUCCAGGAUGUGGCAAGAGCCAACUUGCCCGGGAAAUUGGACAACAGCUCUUUUAUGAACAAAACAAUGAUCUUAUCUUUGCUGCGACACUGAACACAGAAAACAUCGAGACACUUGUUGACUCUUACCUCACCCUUGGAAGACACCUAAGGAUAACAGAAUACGCGUUGACAAGCUUAAAAUCUAUAAAAACUGUGAAACCUAUUAAACAGCUCCAUCGCUUGAUUGUCCCGAAGACCAGCAAGUUUACCAAAUGGUUGAUAAUAGCAGACAAUGUGAUUGACUUACGCUUGCUUCCUCAAACUGGCAGUAAAGAAUGGGGCCAUGGGCAAGUUCUGAUUACCACCCAAGAUAGUGGUACAAUUCCUCAAAACGCUCCUCACACGUAUCAUGAAUCUUUAAGCAAAGGAAUGGGGCGCGACGAGGCAGUGGAAUUGCUGGAAACAGUAACGCAAAUUUCAGAGCCAGUACAAGCAGAAAAUGUCGCUGAACUUCUCGAUUUUCAGCCACUGGCUUUAGCUGCUGCUGCUUAUUACGUGCAAACUGUUGUGACAGGUGGGUCUUCAAAUUAUAAUUGGAAAGCAUACCUUCAAGACAUAUCAACAUACAGCCAGCGAAAAAAGACCGAAACUGUCCUUGCUAAUGAGAGUUCAGCCUACGCUAAAAAAACAGUGGCCGCAGUAGAAAUUGCUAUCCACAGAGCUGUUGAAACAGACGAGGUUCUUCGUCAUACAUUCUCUUUUCUUUCGCUGUGCGCUAACGACGAUCUGCCUCUCGAAACUGUUUUAAAGUUCGUCAAGGCCCAAGUAAAAGACCAGCUAGAGGUUUUAAUGAAAGCAAAGAUUGUAAAGUCCUCUUUAAUUCUUGUUCAUUCCGAAGAAGGGAGUGAACAAACUUAUCUACGUUUACAUAAAGUUGUACAUGAAGUUUUGAAACGAGGCGAGAUAGCUUACCUGAAAUCAUUUGAGAGUGACCACACCAUAGCAGAAGCGAUAAAGAUUUUCAAGGUUGAACUUGACGAAAAUGACGGGAAUUAUGCGUUUUUUAAAAACUUAAGGCCCCACUGUGAAUCUUUACUAAAGCAGAUGACGUCAGAGUUUAGUUUGGAUCACAGAACUUUCUUAGAAAGGUUUGCACCCUUCGUAGAUUUGGAUACAGUUAUUGAUUGGCUACAUACUCUAGCCUUCAUGGGUCUGUCACAAAAGUUCCUAUUUUUUCUUUGCGAAAAUUGUGGUCAACUUAGCAUUCGAUCUACUGGGGAGCUUAGUCGACACUUCAACGGGUGCGUUAACCCGUAG